UCGUCGGCAGAAUUUCCGCGCUUUUGUUAGUAUUUGCAGUUGCGAGACACAGGUUGUUGAUUUGUAUGUUAUAUAUGACUUUUUGAAUUAAUUUUCUGUUUAUAAUGGAUUUUUUAGAAUAUCCUGAAAUAGUAAAGGAGGAGAAGGGUUGUUUGAUACCUGGACGCCUAAAACUGACUAAUCAAGCUGCUAUUUUUAAGAAUAAUAAAACUGGAAAAGUUGAUCAGAUUCAAGCAUCUGAAAUAGAAAGUUUGAAAUGGCAAAGGUUAGCUACAACUCAUGGUUUAAGAUUAAUGUUAAAAAACGGAACUGUGUAUCGAUUUGGUGGCUUUCAAGAGACGGAUCGUGAAAAACUAGAAAAGUUUUUCUCUUCUAAUUUUUCAAUAGAAUUGAAAAACAAAGAAUUGUGUUUGAAAGGAUGGAAUUGGGGAACUGCUAAAUUUGAAGGUUCUGUUCUAUCUUUUGAUGUGGAUAAGAACACUGCAUUUGAAGUACCUCUUCCAAAUGUUUCUCAUUGUAUCAAUGCAAAAAAUGAAGUAACACUUGAAUUUCAUCAAAAUGAUGAAGCUGCAGUAUCUCUGAUGGAGCUCAGAUUCCAUAUACCCCCAGAUCAAAAUUCUAGUAUUGAUCCUGUUCAGGCUUUUGUUGACAAUGUUUUAGCUAAAGCAAGUAUUAUACAAGCAACUGGAGAUGCUAUUGUCACAUUCAAGGAGCUUCAAUGCUUAACUCCUAGGGGUCGAUAUGACAUCAAGAUUUUUCCAACUUUUAUACAACUUCAUGGCAAGACUUUCGAUUACAAGAUUCCUUUGACAACCAUCUUGAGACUGUUUUUAUUACCACACAAAGAUGGCCGCCAAAUGUUCUUUGUGCUAAGUUUAGAUCCUCCAAUCAAACAAGGUCAAACCCGUUAUCACUUUCUCAUUUUGUUGUUUUCGAAAGAGGAGGAGACAACAGUGGAACUCAGCCUGUCAGAGGAAAGUAUCAAGGAAAAAUAUGAAGAUAAGUUACAUAAAGAAAUGUCUGGCCCUACUUUUGAAGUUAUUAGUAGAGUUAUGAAAGCAAUAGUUCAAAGAAAAAUCACAGUUCCAGGUUCAUUCAAAGGGCAUAGUGGAACGCAGGCAAUUGCUUGUUCUUAUCGUGCUGGAAAUGGUUUACUGUAUCCCCUUGAACGAGGUCUAAUUUAUGUUCAUAAACCACCUGUGCACAUUCGUUUUGAUGAAAUUGCCAGUGUGAACUUUGCUAGGAGUGGUGGUAGUACCAGAUCCUUUGAUUUUGAAAUUGAAACUAAAAGUGGAGUAGUACAUACCUUUAGUAGCAUUGAAAAAGAAGAAUACGGGAGACUAUUCGACUUUGCAAAUUCCAAGAAGCUUCGAAUUAAAAAUAGAAAUUCUGGUCUGACAACAAAAGAAAAACCUGUCUACAAUGAAGAUGAGCUUGUAGAUUCAGACGUUGAAGAUGAACCAGAUGCCUAUCUGCAGAGAGUGAAGGCCGAGGGUCGGGAACGAGAGGAAGGAGGAGGUUCCACAGAUGAAGAAUCAUCGGAUGAAUCAUUUGCACCAGAGGAAAGUGGAAGUGAAGUUGCAGAAGAGUAUGACAGUAAUCCUCCCACAAGCUCUGAUAGUGAUGAAGAUGCUUCUGAUAAAGGUUCUGGUGAUGAUUCAGGGGAGACUGAAAAGAAAGUCAAAGAAAAGAAACCUAAAGAAUCCAAACCAAAGAGUGCUAAGACUGUGAAAGAACCAGGCAUGAGAAAAAAGAGACAGAAAAAAGAAAAGGAUGAAAAUAAACCUAAACGUCCUCCAUCUGCAUACUUCUUGUAUCUUGCUGAUAUGAGAGAAAAAAUCAAGCGGGAUAAUCCUGGAAUUAGUAUCACAGAAAUUACUAAAAAAGCAGGUGAAAUGUGGAAGGAAGUUACAGAUAAAAGUAAAUGGGAGGAAGCUGCAGCUGCUGCCAAAAAGAAGUACGAGAAGGAUAUGGCUGAGUAUAAAGCAAGUGGUGGAGGGGUAAAAAAGGAAAGUUCAAAAGAAAAGACUCCUAAGAAAGAUAAAGAAAAGAAACAUUCACCAAUCAAAUCACCAACUAAAUCUCCAGGUUCUUUCAAAAGUAAGGAAUACAUCAGUAGCAGCUCAGAGAGCAGUGAUAGUGAAGAUAAACCACUAAAAGCCAAAAAGAAAGAUUCUGGUUCUUCUUCUGAUGAAAAAAUGGAAAUAGAUGAAGGUUCUGGAUCUGAGGAAAAAUCUAAUGAUGAUGUAUCAGAUUGAAGAUAAAAUUUUUCUUUGUAAAUAAUAAACUUUUUUAUUUUAUACUUGUAUUCAUAAACAAACAUUCACUGUGUCUUACCGUUAUGUUUAUGGCCUUUGUGUUAUGAAUAUAAAAAUAAAAAUUUUAGUUCCCAAAUA